UUUGGCUUCAUGUGAAUUCUUUAACUAGUUGGGUAAACAGCUGUGCAGCCUAAUACAGCUGGAUUAACCUCCUGCUAGUAAGGGUUAGCAUGCUAACAUGGCAUGUUUGCAGCACGGAGUAAACACCAGACAGAGCUCCAGCUUUACCUGAAAUAAGUGUGGUAUUUGGAUAAAAAAAAAGAAGAAAAGAAUAAGAACAGAAGGCCAGCUGUGGAUUAAGUUCUGCAAACAUGGACCGAUAUCCAUCUACAUCAACCCCAAGGAGUAUUAGGGCUAAGGGCAUGAGAGUUUCAUACCGCGAGGAAUCCAGUACCGAUGAUGAAAACGAAGAACCUGGGCCGAGCAAAUUUUCCUUCAACACUUAUAAGGACAGUUCACAGUUUACAGAGUUGGAUUCUUCUGAAGAGACACUUCAGCCAGAGGAGGCUGCAUCCUCACAACAAUUCAGGAGAUCUGCUCAUGAACAAAACUCUGAUGAAGGCUACAAACUAAAGGACAAAAAAAAAUCUACCCCCUCUAAAAAUUAUUGUUAUGUUUGUGGAAAAGGUGUAUAUAAAAUCGCCCGGCAUCUCUUAAGGCACGCGGAUGAAGAGCCUGAUAUUGCCGAGGCCUUCGCGUCACGCAAAGGCUCCCGCCAGCGCAAGGGCAUGCUCGAGAAAUUACGAAACAAAGGAAACUAUCAGCACAAUCAAGAGGUGUUGAAGAAUAACUCUGGAGUGUUGAAACUGAGAAGGCGGACGGCAACUGCUUCUAAGAAAGUGAAAAAAUACUUUAACUGCCCGUACUGUAGAAGCAUGUUUUAUCGUGUGGAAAUGUGGAGACACGUUGUCAGGUGUGUCAAGAAAGCAUCUGAUUCUGUAGCAUCUGGUGAGAAUCCUCUGGAAGACUCAGAUGUUGCUGAGCAAAUUCCACCUGCUGUGAAGAAGAUACUGUCAACUAUGAAAGUAGAUGAGAUUUUGAUUGUGGUUCAAAACGAUUACCUUUUAACCCAACUGGCAAAGAGUCUGUUGGAGAAGUACGGAAACAAUCCAAGCAGAUGCAAUUACGUCCAACAGAAGCUGAGGGUGAUGGGAAGACUCUUGUUAGAGAUGCAUAAAAAGUCAAUCUUAAGCUUCGAAGAAGCUCUGCAGCUUAAAAAUUUCUCAAAAGUUGUUGAUGUUGUGAGAAACAUGACUGGAUUUGAUGACAAAGCUCAGAGCUACACCAAACCAGAUCUCGCUAUGAAGUUAGCAAAUUCACUCAAAAAUAUUGCCAGCAUUGUCCUCAGCGGGGAUGAGGAUGAGAUGAAGAGUAAUGCAAGUAGAUUUGUGCAGCUGUGUGAAAAAGAGUGGGAUGGACUUGCUUCUGAAAUGACUGUCGAUUCAUUGAGUGGAGAACAAGUUAGCAGCCCAUCUACAAUACCAUUCACACGUGAUGUUCAAGCUUUCUACAGGUACCUGGAAAAGUUAUCAACUUCUGCAUCUGAGGGCCUGAAGACGAGCGACAGCCCUCAGGUCUAUAAUGCUCUCUGCAGGGUAACACUUGCACAGGCGUCAGUUUUAAGCAAAUACGCACCCGAGGUUUCUAAGAUGACCCUGAAGUCUUUCCAGAAGAGGGGCGACUCCAUCCAAGUGUUGUCCAAACACUUCAUCAGGAUAAACAUCCGGAGCAGGACGGGACAGAGCGUCGCUGUCCUGUUGACUUCUCAACUCAUCAGCGCUUUAACGCUGCUCAUCGGAAAGAGAGAAGCAUGUGGCGUUCACGGCGACAACCAUUUCUUGUUCGCCAAGCCCGACUGUUCUGUAAUGAGCCACUUCCACGGAGAGAACUGUAUCAGGUCCUUUUCAAAUCUCUGUCAUGCAAAAAACCCAGAACAUCUCAGGUCAGCGCAUCUCCAAAAGCACGUUGCAAGAAUUUUCCAGAUCCUAAACCUGGAGAAUGACGAGCUCACUCAUCUGGCAAAGCUGCUGGGCCAUGACAUCCGAGCCGACCAGGACUAUUACAGGACGCCCGAGGCAGCCGUGGAGCUUGCAAAAAUAGCCAAACUGCUUCUGGCGAUGGAGAAGGGCUCUCUGGAAGGAUUCACAGGAAACUCUCUGGAGGAAGUUGAGAUUGAGGAUCAACUGGAGCCGGAUGUUGAGCAGGACAACCCUGAAAAUCCUGGUGCUAAAGACGAGAACGAAGAGUCGCAUCUUUCACCCCAGCAGAGCGAUGCCGUAGAGCAACAUGGCAGCCAGCUGACUCCGUUUGAGGACGCGCUGGAGCACAUGAAGACCUGCAGAGACAAAGCUUUCCUGCAGGAGAAGUUUAUUGACCUCUUCAAAGGAAGAGGCGUGUUGACCAGUGAAGCCAUUGAACCGUCCAGCUUCGUUGUCGAGUAUCGGGGGGAAACCAUUCUCUGUGAAGAAACCAAGAGGAGAAGCACCGACACGUUGAACGGGUUUCUGUUUGACUUCUGGUUGAGCGGAACAAACUGGCGUGUUGAUGCUUCAAAAGAAAGUGGAGGUCUGGGAAGACUUGUGAACGAUGAUCACAUAAAUCCCACCUGCAAACUGAAGAAGAUCUUUUAUGAAGGGAAACCACACUUGUGCCUCUUUGCACUGAGGAAGAUAUCACCAGGAGAAGAAAUAACCUUUGACUAUGGGAGCUCCUCUUACCCGUGGCGAUCCAAGGAAACCAAAGAAGAGGUGAAGAUGUCAGAAGCAGACGUCAGUGCUGCUGCGUCUUCCUCAGUGGAUGAAGGAGCUGAGGAGUCCAGUUGUGCUGAAUCAUCCGGCGAGGAGUACGUCUGUGAUGAGGAGCCCUGCAGUGAUGACAGUUUCUCUGAGUCUGAACUGCAGGAUGAUGCUGCGUCCGUCCUGCAGGACGACUUAAAUGGCUCAGACGGUCCCUCCUGCACUAAGAAGCAUUACUGCUACGUUUGUGGAAAAUCUCAGAUUAAAAUCUCCCGUCACCUCUUCAGACACAGGAAGGUAGAACCUGAGAUCGCUGAGGCGUUUGCGUUACCCCAACAGAGCAAAGAACGGAAGAGGCUGCUGAUGCAGUUACGAAACCGAGGGAACUACAAACACAACCUCGAGGUUUUAAAGACUGGUAAAGGAAAACUGAAAAUGAUGGUAAAAGCAGACAACGUCACAAUUAAAGCAUAUUCUGUUUGCAUCUACUGUAAAGCCAUGUGCAUUCGGAAGGAUAUGUGGAGACAUUUGCAAAGAUGUCUUUCGAAGCCCUCGCACCAUCCGUCAGGUUGCAAGACCGAGUUCUUGUCUUUAGUUGCCAUGGGGAUACUAGACCCUGAGCACAUCUCACCAGGACUGAAGAAGAUAUUAACAGACCUGGAGGAAGGUAAUAUCAGUCCUGAGGUUUUGAAGGAUCCUUACCUACUGCAGCUGGCUCAGUAUUUGUACUACAUAAAGGAAGAAGAGAAGAAAGACACAGACAUCAUUCAGAAUCUGAGGAGAAUGUGCAGACUUCUGUUAGUAUUACAGGAAAAGUCCAUAUUCAGCUUUGAAGAUGCAACGAAACCCCAGAACCUCAACAAUGUUGUCAGUGCCAUCAGAAAACUGACCACUAUCAGCAUCGAGAUAAAACGCUGUAAGAAGCUCUUGGUAACGAUGGCAAACAUUAAACUCGUCCGAACUCUGAGCGAUGACGCUGAUAAAGUGAAAAUACAAGAAACAGAAGCAUUUAUAAAGCUGUGUACUACAAAAUGGCCCUCAAACAAAGCUCCACGCUCCAAAAUCCCGAGCCAGCCAGCCAUGGCCUUCAUCCGGGAUGUGCAGCUUCUGCAUCAGUACAUCGAGAGCACAGUAGCCUCCGCAGUUAAAACUAUAAACAUGUAUGAAAGCCCGCAGGUCUACACUGCACUGCUCAGAGCGGUGGUUGCAUACGUGGCGCUCUUGAACAGAAACAUAGAUGUUUCACAAGUGACAGUCCAGUCGUUCCAGGAAAGGGAUGAAAGUAAUCCUCAGGAAGCUGCAACCGUCGACCAAACGCAGCCUGAACAGUUUCUGUCCAAGAGCAUGGUGAAGAUCACCGUUGUUGGUGAAAGAGGCAAAAAAGUUGCCUUAGCACUGACUCCUGAUUUGCUCGCCGCUAUAACGCUGCUCGUUGAGAAGAGGAAAGCUUGUGGCGUGGCUGAUAACCAUCCCUACUUAUUUGGAAAACCAGGAGCAUCAUGUUCGGCAACCUGGAAGGGGCCUCAAAGUAUCAAGGCUUUUGGGAUUUGGUGUGGUGCACAGGGCCAGGAAGGCUUCAGGUGCAUGUAUUUCCGUAAGCACAUCAUGAGAAUUUUCCAGAUUCUCCUCCUUAGUAACGAUGAGCUCGGCCAGUUAGCACAACGGUUGGGCCGGGAUAUUCGGACUGAGAGGGAGUACUACCGGACACCAGAGGCAGCUGGAGACGUCGCAAAGAUCUUAGAGCUGCUGUCAGCGAUAGAGGACGAAUCUCUGAAGAAGUUCGAAGGAAAAUCUCUGGAGGAAAUGGACAUUCCAGAUGAGCUGCAUCCAGUUGUGGAGGAAAACACUGAAGCUGAGAUCGACGAAUCAGAACUUUCUCAGGCAAUCGCUUCUUCUGCCUCAAAACGCUCUAAGAAAAAAGGCAAAAACGCUUCCUCAAAGAAACAAGACGAAAGCAAGACGAACGACGAAGAGCAAACAGAGAAAAAUGAGGCGGCGAGCUUAGAGAGAGAUGAGCGUUCAGAGGAAGCACCUGCGAACGCACCUGAGGAGACGCCGUCCUGCAGCAAAGAGAAGGAAUUACACGUUUAUUUCAGCGAUGACGACGACGACGACAUGAACGUUGACUUUAACAUGGACAUAGACACAGAUGGUGAUGAUGAUGACGAUGUGCGAAAUAAAGAUGCAAGUGGAUCUGCAGACAAUAUUGACUGCGAUUCGACGAAGGAGGUUGACGACGGUCAUGAGAAGGAAGCCUUGUCUCCAGAGAGACGCAGCACCGAAGAGAAAACUAUCACAGAGCAGCCGGAGGAGGAAAAAGAAGCAGGGAAGGAUGAUGAUGAUGAUGAUGAAGCAGAACAAGAUGACUGGAUGGAUGUGGACAGUGAUGGAUCUUCUCCAACUCCCCCUACAAAAGAGAACAACUUAUUAGCAGCACUGCGGGAGAUGAAAGAAGUGAAGAUAGUGAUCCCAAAACUUAACAUUGAGAACCUGAAGGCCUCGCUUAAAAUUUCCCAGCUGUCAUCUUUGAGUGACCGUCAGCCGGCGGACGAUCAGCCCACGCAGGAUGCCGAGGACCAGUCUGAAGUCGCUUCAGCUCCCACGGAGACUGAAACCAAGCCGAGCUACGCAAAGGUGGUGCACAUGAACUGCUCCAACUGCAAAAAGAGCAUGAUGAAGGGACACACAGCCUACCAGAAGAAGGGCUUCACAGACGUCUUCUGCUCCAAGAUCUGUCUGUUUGAGAGGUUUCCUCACAACAAAGCGGCCACGAGGACGUGUCACUGCUGUCUCAAGGAGAUCUCACAACCUCUGGACCUCAUCAUGGCUUGUGUGGAUCUUAAAGGAACCAUGAAGGACUUCUGCAGUCCAGCCUGCUUGGUCUCUUUCAAGUCAAACGCUCCAUCCAGUCAAACGACGAAGUCAGUCAGCAGCUCUCUGUCCACCCAGACGUCUUUACCCUGCAGCAUGUGCAACAAAACCUGCACUACAAUGCUUGAGUUGACCUUGGACGAGGUUGUCCACAGCUUCUGCAGCAACGACUGCAUGGAAGGUUUCUGCAGGGACAACGUGGGCGUCUGUGAGGGCUGCAGCUCCAUCUGCUGCAAAACGCCACUCAUGCUGAAGCUGGAGGAAGGCACCAGAACCAUCUGUGGCCCAGAGUGUCUGGAAGAGCUUAAAGAGAAAAUUGAGACAGCCCAGCCGUGUGCCCAGUGCCACUUCUCUCAGCUGGCAUCAGACAUGGUCAUCUACAAAACCCAUGAAAACACAGUGCAACUCUUCUGCUCGCGAUACUGUGUGGCGUCUUACAAGCUGAUGCCCAUUAAUCAGCACAAACUCAAAGAACCAAAGGACCGGCCGAUGCUCGUCCUUUCAAAGUCGGACGUUAAAUGCUGCAACUGCAGCAAAGAUCUGUUAAAAGGCUCCUCGCUGUACCAGCUGAAAAGCAGAAAGGAGGUUUUCUGCUCUGCGUCAUGUGUCUCUGAAAGGCAUCCUCACAUCAAGAUGGACACCAAGACGUGCCACAACUGCCUUCAGCCGAUAAGUCGACCUCAAAACAUCAUUCUGGCUCCGGUGGAUGAUUCAGAAACGAUGAAGGAGCUGUGCAGCAAUGCAUGUCUCUCUUCUGUCAAAUCAAAGAGGAAGAUGGCUGCUGCAAACCUUCUGCAGGACGUGUGCAAGAUGUGUGCCAAACAUUGCCUUUGCAAUUUUAAAGUGACCGUGGACGGCGAGGUCCACAGACUUUGCAGCAGCUCCUGCAUGACCGACUACCAAAAUGCCAACAAGCUCUACUGGUCCACCUGCGACGUGUGCAGUGCAAUUUGCCCCAACAAAAGACUUGUGGUUAACAUGGAGGAUGGCAGUAAAACCAUCUGCGGAGACGAAUGUCUGGUCAAAUUUAAACAGGAUGUGAAGAAACAUCAGCUUUGCCCGACAUGCCGCACACCGCAUCAGAUGUCGGACAUGACUGAAGACAAAAACGAGGAGAGCAUUGACUUUUUCUGCAGCCACAGAUGUAUGAUGGUGUACAAAGCCCAGUCUCCCGUUCUGUUAGUUGAAGUGAAAAGUCCUUCAUCUGAUGAGGACGUCAAAGAAGUGAAACCAUCAUUAACAAGUUUGGAAUUUAUAAAAGAGGAGCCAGUCGAUGAAGAGUACACCCAGAUUUCCCUCACCGAUUUAUCGCCACCAGAGACAAAGGCUGAGCCAAAGGAAGAUUUGGAGAUCUUUUCUGUCUUCUCUCUAAAUGAAGACACAAAACCUACAGAGCCCAGUCUCACCCAAACAGAAUUACCCUCCUCCUGCUCCACCUGCAAGACGGUUCUGAAGGAUGGAGAGAGGGUCUACCAGAGGAAAAGCCACAAGGAUAUAUUCUGCUCCACCUCCUGCCUGCUGAAAUUCUACCAGAUGAAAUCUGUGAAGAAGACAUGUCACUUCUGUCUGCAAGUAAUGACACAGUCUCAGGCUGUCCUCACAGCCGAGGUGGACAAUGAGGGCACCAGGAAAGACUUCUGCAGCCAGACCUGUCUGUCGUCCUUCAACUACAAAAGAAUGAUGUCCACCAAAAUACCCGUCCAUCCGGUUGCAUCGCAUUCACAGUGCAGCAUAUGCAGCAGAUACUGCAUCAGCAAACAUGAAGUCAUACUGCAGGGUGUCAUCCACAAGCUCUGCAGUGAUCCGUGUCUUCAUCGUUUCUGCAACAUGAACAACGUUUCCAUCUGUGAGAACUGCGGCUGUCAGUGUAGCACACAGCUCACGCUCAAGAUGGAGGACGGCCACAAAACGCUGUGCAGUGCGGCGUGUCUGGCCCAGUUCAGGCAGAAAACUGGAACGCAGCAGCCGUGCUCCAUGUGCAGCUCCUCAAAGCUCAUUUCAGACAUGGUUGAAAGCAUAAACAGUGAAAACAUGGUUGAGCUUUUCUGCACUAACAGCUGUGUGAUGGCAUCGAAGAUCCAGGCCAUCAGUGCAUCAGGGGCGUCAUUGAAUUGUGACAACUGUGGUAAGAUGAAGGUACCCGCCUGUCAUCUCGCCAUGCCAGACACCUCCAUCAGAAACUUCUGCAGUCUGACCUGUGCCAUGGCGUUUAAGGAGACCCAGAAAGACCUGAAUGCUGCCACCAGCUCCCCAGAAACCCACAACCAAACCCAGAAAGAUGUUGACAAACCACCCAAAAAACUGCAGUGUGCUCAGUGUUCUCGAGUCAUGAAAACUGCACCCGAACUCGUCCAUAAUAAGGAACAAGUACACUUUGUGUGCAGCCUGGUUUGUUCUCAAGAGUUCAAGAGGGCCAAUAACGUCACAGGUACAUGUGAAUACUGUAAAGAUGAAAGAAUCAUUGAAAUGAUGAAGAGGAUCAACAACAAAGACUGCUGCUUCUGCAGUGAUGAGUGUAAUAAGCUGUUUCAUCAUGAGCUGGAGAAGAAGUCGGGGAAGCGAUGUCGUUCAUGUGCUUUCUGCCUCUCAGUCUCCACAUCUGUGACGAGGAAUGAAGGCUCUGGGGAAGAGUUCUGCUCUGAAAAAUGCAGCUCAAAGUACAAAAUGAUUCACAGCCAAGUGGUGAAAUGUGACAACUGCAGUCGCAAACGAAGGCUGAAGCAGCGUCUUCCUCUGCUGGGAGACGUCAAACACUUCUGCAACCUGAAAUGUCUGCUACGCUUCUGCUGUAAAACGGCCCACAUGUCCAGCGCGGGAUCUUUAGUUCCUGGAUCUGCAGAUACCAUGCAGUCCUUGCCCAUCAUCGCCAACGUCGUCUCGCUGUCCAGCAUUCUGACACAACAUUCCUACGUCUCAGCAAGUUCUCCACAGCUCGGACCUUUUACUGACAUUCAAACUAAAGUUGUUGGACAUGCCAGUGUUCAGACGGUCCCUAAAGAACUGAAGAAUAAAUCUAUGCUCUGCGUCCCCCUGGUCCACAACAAAGGAGUCUCCUGUGCUGUACAGACUGUAGAAACAGGGGUACAAACAGUUAAUUUUAGGGAGAAAGUUCGUGUUAAGACGUCGGUCCUGCCGGUGCCUGUGCCAGUGUACGUUCCUCUGCCCAUGAACAUGUACAGCCAGUUCACUCCCAACCCUGUGGCCCUGCCUGUACCGCUCCCGGUGCCGAUGUUCCUCCCUGAAAGGCCGAACGAACCAACAGCGAAACAGAAAAUACAAACCGAAUCUGCUGAAGCUGAGACGGAGAAAGACGAGAGAAACAACAGAGAGGAUGGACAGGAGGACAGAAACGUGACAACAGAACAAACAUCGGCCAGUAUCGAGGAAAUCAGUAGCUACAGCGAUGGCUUUGAUGCAGAUAAUCUGCUCACUUCCAACAACCAGGAAGACUUUGUCUCUGACGCCAGCGUCGGAUCAUCGGCUCGCCAACAAGCCGACAAAGCCCCCCCUCCGGAAUCAGACCUGAGCAUAUUCGAGGAUUGUUUUCCUGAUUUCCCACUGCUUCCUGCUCAGGACAUGGGACAGGAUUGUCUUCCUGCUCCCCCACAGUCUCUGGGGAAAGUCCAAACCGCGGCAGAGCAGCAACCGGUGAAAGCUCCAGAGGAAAACUCUAGAAGAGGCUUGAUGAAUUUAACGGCCAGAAAACAUCACGGACUAAACAACCAUAGUGGAGUUAAAGCCUGGUGGAGAUGGAUCCAGUGGAGAGGAUCACAAACCGACCUGACAUUUUCCUCCCCAGCUGGGAAGUUAAAGCCGGAUAUUCUUGGGUGUACAUCGGCUGAACUGAACAACGGCCUCUGUCUCUUCAUCGGUGAGGUGCAACAGCAGCAAGAGGAGCCGCUUUCCCCCGACAGGCUGUUCUACCUCUGCCUCAGCAUCCAGCAGUUUCUGCUUAAAAACGGUCGGAUAGAGAACAUAUUCAGCGAUCUGAUCUACAGCAACUUCUCCGCGGAGUUCACUCGGAUCAUGAAACAGUUAAAACCGUCCGUCUCAGCCAGCGGUUACGUACCCUCUUGUGUGGAGGAGGAGUUUCUGUGGGAAUGUAAGCAGCUGGGGGCAUACUCCCCCAUCACACUCCUCAACACUCUGAUGUUCUUCUGCUGUAAAUACUUCGGCUUCACCUCGGUGGAGCAGCACCGCCAGCUGUCCUUCGCCCGCCUUACGACGACUAAUCGGGGCAACGCCAAGACCGCCGUCCUUCGCUUCUACCCACCAACAUCCACCAACGAAGAAGAGCCAGAUAACGAAGGCGUCCCUGCAAAGAAACUUAAGUUAAAUGAGCUUGAAAAUAAUUUCCUGGAGAUUUCAGAGAAUACCCAGAAUCCUCUGCGUUGUCCCGUCAGGCUUUAUGAGUUCUACGUCUCCAGGUGCUCGGAGCUGGUGAACCGGUGCAGCAGCUUCUUCUACCUUCGUCCGGAUCGCCGCUGCAAUCCCAGCAGCCCUCUGUGGUUCUCCCCCACCCCGCUGGAUGACGCCACCAUGGAGGCCAUGAUCAUACGAUUCCUCGCUGUCCGAGAGCUGCAGGAGGAGGAUGGAGGCGAAAUGUGACCGGACUGACGUUCAGCCUCCACCAACGCCUGAUAAAGACUACACUCAUUUCCUCAGUUGUUUCUGGACACCGUUUUUAGUUUGUGCCUUCAGCUGCGUUUAAAGAUGUGUAAAACAUAAACAGAAAUGACUUCAUAACGCUCAGUUUCAUUAGCGAGAAAUGCCGGACCUCCAUUUUCCAGAUGAAAACACCACACUGGACGUAUAAAUCAGCCACUGUGUCCCAACAAGUUCAGUGUUCAUUAGGUUAGUCUCUAUUUAGAUUAAAUAAAUAAAUGGUUAAAUAGAGCUGACUAGUUUCGAGAAACUGAGAAAGUUUUACACUCAUUUAAACUGCAUUUCUCUUUUCUGUCUUUUUACCAAGUUGAAUUGGUGCUUUUUAUUUUUUAUAAAUAAAAAUACUGAAAAGUA